AUAAAAUGAGAAAAAGAUUUGGUGCAAUUCAUUCAGAUUCAACUGAAGAAUACAUUCAACUUGCUUAAACAGCUUGGAACAAAGAUUUAUUUUAUUAUGAGGGUGUUUCUAGGAAACAAACAUAAAAUAUUAUGAACUUUGAUUUUGAUGAGAUGGAAACAAAUGUAAUAUUGUAUCUAAUUUAUUAGAACACGGAUAUAGAAGAAGAAAUAUAGUUGGAAGCAUAAAAUGUUAAAAUAAUUGUAAUGGAUGCUGAGAAUGAUUCUUAAACAAUCUUUGAGUAUUGUGGUCAAGAGUUUUAUCAAUAAAAGGAUUUUGAUUAUGUUUCAAAAGUUGAACUCAAUAAAAACAAACAAAUCACCUUUCAUUUUUGGAUUAACAGUGUUCAUUCAAAUAAAUUUACUGAUAUCGUUGAUGGUAAAAUUUAUAAAUUUAUAUUUAGUUUAUGUAAAAAAUUGUGAUAUUGUGAUAUAUAUCUACAAUAAAUAAGUUGAAGAGCAUUACUAAGAAUUCCUAGAAAAGAUCUCCAAAAUAAAUAAUAAAAACUUUAUUAUUUACAAGGUUAAAAAUGCAAUGAAUAGAACUUCGGUAUAUUAUAAUUUUAACUUUUUAGAGUUUUUAAUAUUUAAAUGAUUCGAAUAAGGAAAACGUAAUUGUAGUGAAAAGCCUGUAAGAAGCAAUGUCAAAAACUCUUAACUAAUAUAUUUGAUUAUAAACCAAUAUUUAUUUUGGAUACUACGAUUGCUAAAUAAAUUUACCAUAGAGUUAUCUUGAGCGUGUAUUUAUUGGAAG